AUGGUUUCUCAUAAAUUCAUUUAUUUAAUAACUAUAUAUAUAAUAACGACAUUAGCCCUCCAUAAAUUUUUAAAUGUCAUUAUAUUUACGGAUGCACAAGAAAGAACAUUUAGUCCAGAAGCAAGAUAUGCGCAUACAUCAACGUUAGUAGGAACAAAACUAUUUUUCUUUGGUGGAUUAAUUCGAUUAGAAUCAAAUGCUUCAAUUAUAGUGUCAACAAAUGAUGUCUUUUACUUAGAAUUAUCACAACCAUUUAAUACAAUGUCACCACCUUGGAUAAAAUUAAGUGAUAUUUCGCCUUUACCGGUUAGGUUAUCAUGGGCAACGUCGUCGUAUGGAGGUGCAAAUAAUAGUAUGAUCUUCAUUUUUGGAGGUACAAUGCAAUCUAUUAAGCCGGCUCAAGAUUUAGAUUCUAAUGGCUUACUUUUACUUCCCGAUUUUAAACAUUUGAUUUAUUCUUUUGAUACCCAAUCAUUUCAGUGGUCUAUACCAAUUAUUUCUGGUGAUGAACCUUAUAGAAGGAGGGAAUUAUCUGCUGUUACUAAUGAUCGAGGAAAAAUCCAUUUUUUUGGUGGUAAAGCUGAUAAGUAUACGGGUUCUUCCACUGAAGGUGAUUUCAAUGAAAUAAACGUGCUAGAUAGUUUAACGUUAAAUUGGGAGUUGGGAACGUUAGACGGUGCUCCUAACCCAAGGGAUGGUCACACUGCUACGAUCUUAAACAAUGGUUUAAUCGUCUUCAUCGGUGGAAGAGAAAUGGUUGGACCUGAUAAAGAUUUGAGGCUUGUAAAUAUGAGAGCGAUCGAUGUGUAUGAUACGAAAAAAGCUGAAUGGUAUUUCAUGCAAGCCGCAGGACCAUUAGUAGAAGGGAGAAUUCUUCACUCUGCAGUGUUAAGUGAGCAAAAAUAUUACUUAUUUAAUCAAGAUUCACCUCUUUUUAGAAGUUAA